CCACGCAGCCCGCGCCGGUGGUGAACGCAAGUGAGAGAAAUUCAAGUGCGUGAUCCGUGAAGCAAGUCAGGCGGGGACGGCGGUACCUGCUCUUGAAAGGAUUUCGCCUCAUAUUUGACACCCGACCGGACUAAAGGUGACUGGGGAACAGGAAGAGAGCCUUGAUGUGGGCAGUAUGAGUAAGACGCCCCCUAACAGAAGAGGGAUAACAUUUGAGGUGGGAGCUCAGCUUGAGGCCAGAGAUAGCCUCAAAAACUGGUAUGCUGCCAACAUAGAGAAGAUCGAUUACGACGAUGAGAAAGUACUAAUUCAUUACCGUCAGUGGAGCCAUCGUUAUGACGAGUGGUUUGAGUGGACAAGUCCCUAUCUGAGACCUGUAGAGAGGGUCCAACUGAGGCGUCAAGGCUUGCAGGACGACGCACCUGUGCCUGGUUUUCACGUGAAUGACAAGGUCCUGGCAAGCUGGUCUGACUGCCGUUUCUAUCCUGCUAAAGUAAUCUCGGUCAAUAAAGAUGUGUCUUACACUGUGAAGUUCUUUGAUGGCAUCAUUCAGACGGUGAAAGGAAUACACGUGAAACCUUUUAUUAAAGAGAGAGGUGCAGGAAAAUCUCGGAGUUCGGAGAGAAACAUGGUUAGGAGAGUCCCAAACCGCAAAGACCGGAGGCCUCCAGUGAACGGUGAGCCCAGGAGCAAGCGGGCAAGACGAAGCACCUCUGACCAAGAGAAUGACAGUAACAGUGAAGACGUGGAGCGGGAAGCGAGGAUGGUAAACGGGAAAAACAAGAGAGCAAAUGGGAAAAUGGAGGCCUCGCCCGCUCUGAAAGAAGCAGAGGAAAAAUCUGGGCAGGCAGACAAAAAAAAACACAGUGAUGCAGAAGAUGGCAGCCAACUUACAAAUGGCACAAAGGACUGUCAUAAACAUGAGGAAACAUGUAAUGUAAAUGGAGAUGUAAAAAACGAAGAAGAGGAAGUGGAAGUGGAGGUGAAUGCAGCACAGCCAUACACUGACUCAGCUAAGCCAUACACAGAGGUGCCCGAUCAACCAGAGCACGCAACCACCGAAUCCAAUGAAGACUUGGAGCAAAAACCAAAUAUCGAAUCGGAAAGCUUGCAGCCUGAUGUGCCCGUUCUUCCUCACCCUCAGCCUGUGAAGCCUGUGAGGAAGCAGGGUUUCCACAACCCUAACAGAUUCAGCAGAGAACCACUGUACAGGGUGAUCAAAAACCAACCUCCUCCUGUACUUUCCAUCAACCUCGACCAUAACCCAUUCAAAUGUAGCGCCACUGGCUGCACAAAGUCAUUCCGUAAGGCGAAGCUGUUGCAUUACCAUAUGAAAUAUUACCACGGUGAGGAGCAACCUCUGGAGGCCGAAUGCAGCCCCUCGAGGAGCAGCCACACCAGGUCGUCAGAAAAACAGGCUACGGGUACCGGUUUGGACGGCCCAAAGAGAAGGCGAACCAUUUCCGCUUCACUGCACACAGUAGCAGCUGCGGCAACUCGGGGUGAAGUUAAGACUGCAGGCAGACGCACAUCCGCUCCCUCUGCAAUUAGCACGCAUGGCCAUCAGCAGAGGGCGCUACUAAGGGAGAAAAGCAAGGAGAACCAGCUUGACAGGAAUGGAUGCCAGCAGCAGGAUAAAGAGUCAGACAAGUGUGGCUUUGACAUUGGUCCGGUCAAAGAAAGACCAAGAGAAAAACCCAAACAGAAGGACUUCCUUCGCAUUAAGCUUAAAAAGAGGAAGAAAAAGAAGAAGGCCCAGUCUGACUGCACAGGUAGUGAGGAGAAUAUUGACUUCUCAGUACCGUGCCCUCCACCCAAAUUGAAAAUGCCACUCAAAUCCCCCCCCUCACACAAUUACAAGCAUCAGGCCUACCACACCAGGCCCGGAUACAGCGACUCAUUACAGAUAAAUGUGGAUGAUGAUGAUAGCUUAAGUGACUGGUCCACUGACAGCUGCUGCUGGAGUGACGAGGACUAUGGGGUGGAUGUGGAUGUGACAACCCCACCCCUGAGCCUGGACUGUAGCGCUGAUGGCAACGACCAAGAGAUCGUACGAUGCAUCUGUGAAGUGGAAGAGGAGAAUGAUUUCAUGAUCCAGUGUGAAGAUUGCUUGUGCUGGCAGCAUGGCACAUGCAUGGGCUUGCUGGAAGACAAUGUUCCAGACAGAUAUGCUUGCUAUAUUUGCAGAGACCCUCCAGGCCAGAGGCAGAGUCUGCGCUACUGGUAUGACCGCGAAUGGUUGAGCAAUGGCCACAUGUACGGCCUGUCCUUCUUGGAAGAAAACUACUCUCACCAAAACGGCAAGAAGAUCAGCACCACACACCAACUGCUGGGAGAUGUGCACCAUGUGGUCGAGAUCCUCAAUGGACUGCAGCUGAAGAUGAACAUUUUACAGAACAACACACAUCCAGACCUGAAAUUGUGGCGCCAACCUUGGAAGAGAGUAGCAAGGCCACCAACCUUCUCGGACUCUUAUCGGGGUAGUGACGCGGCUCCCUCUCCUGUCACUCCUGAUGAGGACAUGAGUCGGGGGGAGAUUUUAAUGUCCAGCGCCCUGGAGAAGCUGAGCCGGGCCGCCGCCGCCGCCACCUCGUCCUCGUCCUGCUCCUCGUCUCCGUUCCCGUUCCCGUCGUUCCAGGACUCGUACAUCACCAGCGAACACUGCUACCAAAAACCACGGCACUACUACCCAGCAGUGGAGCAGAGACUGGUGGUGGAGACCCGACAGGGCUCAGAGCUGGAGGACAGCAUGAGAAGAACUGAGGAGCUACUGGAGCGCGAGCAGCGCUUCGGCAGCCUUCUGGAGACAGACAAACCAAAAUCGAUCAGCACGAGCAACAAGGCUAUGCCUGGAAGCUCUUGGUCUGAGAUUGAAAUGAAGAGAGAGGUUUGGAGUCAUCCUGAAGAGGCUGCACAUAGCUGCAAGCAACAACAACAAUGGCAGCUCAACCUGCUGGAUCACAUCGAUGCAGUUCAAGACGAGGUCUCACACAGGAUGGACUUUAUUGAGCGAGAGUUGGACGUGCUGGAGAGCUGGUUGGACUACACCGGGGAACUGGAGCCUCCCGAACCUCUGGCACGCCUGCCUCAACUCAAACACCGUAUGAAGCGACUGAUAUCACAGCUGGGAAAAGUGCAUCAGCUCGCCCUGCUCAGCGCCACAUGAGGGCGCCACAGAAGUUGGAAUCUCACCGAGCUUGGCGAUGCAAGAACUCUAACCUGACGUCUGCAGCUGUUUCUCCUCCUUUUAAGGGUUCAGUGUGGUGAAUUCGGAGGCUACAACCACUGACAUCCUUUUGUAUGGAAAGUCAGCAUUAUGAAUCAGGAUUAAACACAAUAAGUAACCUCGUAAAUGCAGGAGGAAGUCCUUCGGAACAGAUCACACGCUGGUUCCCAUGCAACUUGAUGCCUUUUGUCUGCCUGUACAACUAAAGGUGACUUCUCUCAGUGCAUAGUGCAUUACACACAAGCUUUAUAUUCAGCUUGCAGUUAAGUUGCAUAAACGAAUCUACAAAUAUUUUGGAACAUUUUCAAAUGUAUAAGUUUGUUCUCCAGUUGUGCGUUUUAACUCUUCAUGUUCACAACAAGGCUUGAUCCCUUGAAAACACCCAGUAUGUAACGGCACUUUACAAGCAGUCUUGACAUAAUUCGGACUUCCUGGAGUCUUUCUAUUUUCUUCUACACUGUGAUGUUAUUUUUGUCUUCAAAGGUAUCUUACUUUUUUCUUGUAGCUUUUGAAAUGGUGACAAGCAUUAUUUGUUUUGUAUUAGACUAGCGCUUCUCUGCAGUGUGCCAGUAUUUUUUUUUUAUUUUUUUUAUUAUUUAUCAGUUAUAGUAUUCCUCACUACCACUGUCUCUGCAUUAUUGUGCUGCAGCACCUAAUGGCUCACCGAAGACGUGUUCUGGACUGUAUCCCUCCUUAACUUGGAUCCUCCGCUUUUGCCCAUGAUAAAACCCUCUUUAGACAAGCUGAACAUUUUUUUGGGGUUCCAUUUUGAGCCACCCGUUUGUUUACAGUACUUUGUAAAUAUGUCUAUCUAAAUGUGCUCUCUUUUCCUGAAAACAUUCUCCAAAUACAGAUGUCCUAUGCUACUGUACUUUCUGGCUUAGAACAGGGAAGAUGUUGAACAAUGCAAACAAAUCUGCUGGUACAUAAAUAAACGGUCAUUAUUAACUAUA